UUUUGAUUUUAGUUAGUAAAUGAGCAUUUUCUGUCGGAAUUGUGUUGCCUUGACUUGAACUCCACACUUUUCUCAAUCUUGAUCCUAACCAAUCUUUGGUUCACUUACAAAAAUCUUCACCAACUAAAGAUCUUCAGCUUCAAACCUCUUUUAUUUUUCAUUUUGAACUCAUUUUCAAUAAAAUGAGUUCACUUCUGUAGCGACGACGAGUGUAGAAAAGCUUGCACUGGUGGUAAGUCUUGCAAUCUCGGAAUUUAGCAUCUCUUUUUUUUGUUCAGUAUUUGAUUGUGUAUUGUGGGCAACUGAAAAUCUCGGAAAUACCAUUUCCCUUUUUUUUCUGUGGUGUUUAAUUGAUUUAUACUACCUUUGAAAAUGAUGCGUUCUGUUUCUGCAUCUUGGACUCUACUCGGGUUUUGGGUGAUUUUAUGUUUUGGGUUUUCGAAUUCAUACUACACGGGUAAAGGGAAUUUUGAAGAUAGAGGAAGUAAGCAUUCUGUGAGCUACAACUAUGACAGGAUUGGUGAGGUCAAUAAAGCUUGUGCAUUUGUCUUGAAAUCUGCUGCUGAUUUAAAACCUGAUGAUAGUCGUUUGUAUACGAUAAAAGAGGAGAUCUCUUUCUUGAACGGAAAUUGGUGGCAGGAAUUGAAUGAGGGAGGUGCUCCAUUGAUGCCCUUUGAUGAUAGGGAAGCUUCUGCCGAUCUCCGAUCCCCUAUAAACUUGGUUUCCUUUUGGGUUACCGAUGUUGGCCGCCGCCUUCAUUCCAAGAACUCGAUACUCGUAAGUGGGAUUUUGCAAAUGGGGGUAACUCUUGAAGGUUUGCUCUCAGAAAAACCAUUUGAAGGGAGCCCUAGGUUUGAUAUAUGGCCCGGCCAUUCGCAGCUUUCUCUUCUUUUUCAAGGGAUCUACACUGAAUCGGGGGGAAAUGAUGGGGAGAGAGUGAUGUGUUUGUUGGGGAGUGCAGUACUGCCUUCUCGUCAGCCUGAUUCUGGUGAUCCGUGGGGGUGGGUGAAGGAGUCUGGUUAUACUAAUCAGCCACUUCUCACACAAGAUGAUCAGAUUGUGCUCGUGCUUCGUUAUCCAAAGAUGGUGACGUUGAGAAGCAGAGCAGUCCAUGGAAGCAUGAGAAGUUUGAAUCCAAAGUCGAACCUCAAGUACUUUGAUGAAGUCCACAUGUCUUCUUGGUUAAGAUCUUCUGCAAAUUACCAGUUCAACUCUGAAAAUCUUGUCUCAAAAGCUUGUGAUCCUUAUCCGUAUAAAGAUAGCUUUGUUAAUGGUGAUAUUGAUGUAUAUAAAGGGCUUGACUUCUGUGACAUACUCGAGAGGUUCACUCACCAAGAAGCCCUGACCAUUCUGCCAAACUGGAAGUGCAAUGGCACGGAUGAUUUCUGCAGUAGGUUAGGCCCGUUUGCGUCGGAUAAGGAGAUUAAUGCUACCGAUGGGAGCUUCAAAAAUGUGAAGCUCGUUCUUCAAGAUGUCCGCUGUGAGAAUAUGACUUCAAAGGACAGUGGUUGGUUCACGAGGGUGUCUUCCGUGUUCAGAGCUGUUCCUCCUUCCGAGAAUCGUUUCACUGCAGCACAAAGGACCGGGCUUGGUAACAUGACUCUUUCAGCUGAAGGGAUAUGGAAGUCUUCGAGCGGACAGCUCUGCAUGGUUGGUUGCUCGGACGGGAGUGGCUGUGAUACUCGCAUCUGCUUGUAUGUUCCUCUUUCUUUCUCCAUAAAACAGCGUAGCAUACUUCUUGGUACUAUGUCGAGCAUUGAUACCUCUCAUUCGCCAUAUUUCCCGUUAGCAUUUGAAAAGCUAGUCCGUCCUGCUGAGUUAUGGGAUCAAUUCACUGCUACUCAUCCAUAUUACAACUACUCUAAGAUUGCUUCUGCUGGUGCUAUCCUCGAGAGAGACGAGCCUUUUAACUUUGGGACUGUGAUUAAGAAAUCACUCUUGAAGUUUCCCAAAAUAGAAGACAUGGGGAAUUUUCAUUAUAGCCUCUCUCUUUUAGCUGAAGAUCUUACCCUUCACAUAGCUGCUGUACCUGAUCCGUUUCCUAAAUCUUCUCUAGCAAAAGCUGACUUAGAGAUGGAGAUUCUAUCGCUUGGCCCUUUGUUCGGGCGUUAUUGGCCCGGAAAAUAUGAUUCAACCUUACAGAAAGAGACCCCUUACUCCAAUAAAGGCGAAUACACCGAGAGCCAACUCCUCCUCAAUGUUUCCGGUCAGCUUAAUCUUGUUGGAAACCGGUAUUCCAACUUCUCGUCACUGUUUGUGGAGGGGAUUUACGAUCCACACGUUGGAAAGAUGUAUCUAGUUGGUUGCAGGGAUGUUCGAGCCUCGUGGAAGACCUUAUAUGAAAGCAUGGACCUUGAAGCCGGGCUGGAUUGCUUGGUCGAGGUGAUGAUUUCAUAUCCCCCGACUACAGCCCGGUGGUUGGUCAAUCCGACUGCCAGAAUCUCGAUCACUAGCCACCGGAGUGAAGAUGAUCCACUCUACUUUGUUCCAGCGAAGCUCCAAACAGUUCCCAUCAUGUAUAGAAGGCAGCGCGAAGACAUUAUUUCACGUAGAGGCAUGGAGGGAAUCCUCCGCAUUUUGACACUCUCCGUUGCAAUCGCUUGCAUUUUGAGCCAGUUGUUUUACAUUAGAGGUAACACGGAAUCCGUUCCUUAUGUAUCUCUCGUGAUGCUGGGAGUACAAGCUCUAGGGUACAGCUUCCCUCUAAUCACAGGCGCCGAAGCUCUCUUGAAAAAGGCAUCCACGGAGUUCAGUGAAAGCCAAUCUGAUGACCUACAGAACAGCCAAUGGCUGCACGUAAUCGACUACACUGUGAAGGUCCUCGUACUGGUAGCAUUUUCACUAACUCUUCGGCUCUGCCAGAAGGUGUGGAAAUCGCGCAUCAGAUUGCAGACACGCGCCCCUCUCGAGCCUCACCGUGUUCCAAGUGACAAGAAAGUACUUUUCUCAACCUUAAGCCUACAUGUUAUUGGAUAUAUCAUUGCUCUCAUUGUGCACUAUGUGAAUACAAGUUACAAACCUCUUCAAACGGCACAUUUUGUCGAUUCCACGGGUUAUUCACAUGUGAUACGCGAAUGGAAGACGGAGCUGGAGGAGUAUCUGGGCCUGGUUCAGGACUUCUUCCUCCUUCCUCAGGUCAUUGCUAACUUUAUGUGGAGAAUCAAUGUCAAACCUCUGCGGGAGCUGUACUACAUCGGGAUAACUUCCGUCCGGCUUCUGCCCCACGCAUAUGAUUACAUAACAUCGCCCAUACCGAAUCCUUACUUCUCCGAGGAGUAUGAAUUUGUGAAUCCUCGGAUGGAUUUCUUUUCCAAGUUUGGUGAUGUUGCUAUACCGGCAAUCGCGGUUCUUCUAGCAGCUGCUGUUUAUAUUCAGCAGAGAUGGAAUUAUGAGAGGCUCAGCCAAACGCUUCGAUUGGGCAGAGCAAAGUUUUUGCCUUUGGGUUCCAAAGUGUAUGAGAGAUUGCCCUCUGUAUCUCAUGAGGCUGAGCUUUCUUCUGGUGUUAACAAGAACUCGACGUGCGAGGAGGGACGUGACACAUAAUGAUCAGGAUUCAUAUAUCUGACUUCUCUGACAAAGGAAGGAGCUAACUGUAAAUAUAGCAAGAAGAAGGAUCAAGUUGCAAAUAAACUUAAAAGCUGAAAAACGGUUUCUGCUAACCAAUUCCAGCUGCCAACUUUGGAGAUAUUUUGUAGUGGUCCCCGGCUAUCUUCCACAGCUUAGUUUACUUGUUUUGAGAUAUAUAUACAUUGUAUUUACAGUUACUUUCAUAACAUUCAAGUUUAUCUCUGUGAUUGAGAGGAAAAAGUACAGCAAAAGUGAGAGGAAAAGUGUGAGUGCAGGGCCUUGUUUAGAAGGCUUAAAGUCUGCUGAUUUUCCAGUUCUUGAGUUGUAGUUUGUAUUAGGUUUCUUGAGUGUUGAUUAGUGAAAAGAGUGCUCUGCAGUGGAUGUAGAUUUUUCAAGAUCGAACCACUUAAAAUCUUGUGUUCUUCUA